GCAGGAGGGGGAGUAUAUAGAGGAACACGGGUCUGUACAAGGACGUGAUGAUGGAGAAUUACCAGCCCCUCACAUCACUGGAUGGGUCCAGUAACAGAAAUACCCCAGAGAGAUGUCCCCGUCCUCUGUAUUCCCAGGAUUGUACAGAGGAGAAUCACAGGAUCCCACAGGAUCAGGUAGAACGUCUGUCUGAUAUGAAGGCAGAAGAUAUAGAGGGAGAAGAAGAUGCAUAUGUGACUGAUAUAAAGGCAGAAGAUAUAGAGGGAGAAGAAGAGACGUAUGUGACUGAUAUAAAGGCAGAAGAUAUAGAGGGAGAAGAAGAGACGUAUGUGACUGAUAUAAAGGCAGAAGAUAUAGAGGAAGAAGAAGAGGCAUAUGUGAGGGGUGAUCAGCAGUGUAAGGAGGAGGAGAUCCCUACAGAUAUCAGCACAGCAAUGUCAUCUGAGGAGUACCGCCAAUUCUGGUCAGGAUUCAUUGAUCUGUACCGUCAGAACGAGUGCCUGUGGCGUGUCAGAAGCCCGGACUAUGCCAACAGAAUCAAGCGGAAUCGGGCAUAUCAGCAGCUUAUUGAGUACAGUAGAGGCAAAAACUCUGAUGUUGAUGUCAAUUGGGUGAAGAAAAAAAUUACAAAUUUCCGAACAGUGUUCGUGAAGGAACGCAAGAAGGUGCAAGAUUCACAGCGAUCCGGAGCCGGGACUGAUGAGGUCUAUAAACCGACGCUGUGGUACUAUGACCAAAUUCAGUUCAUUAUAGAGCAAGAGGCGCGGGUAAGGUCACGGGACGCUCUAGAUCCAGAGUCUCCAGUUCUUGUCGAAGAGGAGGCCCAGGAGAGUCUGGAUCUGGAUGCUACCCUGGAGCUGGAGGUGGAGCCUACCACAGGCCAAGGGGCAGAAGUGGAGGAGCCGGUGGCGCGCCCAGGAAGACCGAGGCGCACGGCAAGGAGGACCACUUCUGCACCCUAUAGCACCCCCUCUGGCUCCCAACAGUUUUUUCAACGCGCUGAGGAGGUUUUGCAUAGGCCCCCGGAUGCCGAACAACAAUUUGGCAAUUUUAUUGCAUCGGAAAUGCGCCUGAUGACGGAUGAUCAAAAAUUCAUCGUCCAACGGUUAGUCAAUGAGAUUGUCUCACGUGGCAGGCGCCAAACACUGGUGUCGGCAUGUGAGAUAGUGCCAACUGACCCUUGGUAUCACCCAAAUUUGUCCCGUCCCCCCUUCCCAAACAACCCCCCCAUGGAGCAUGCGCCGGUAAACCCCCCUUAGCAACCGUAUUUUUUUCCGUCGGGAGCCACACAGCCCAGCCCCUCCCCCCCAAUCUAGCACCUCAUCCAGUGGCAUGUACUCUGACAUGCAGAGUACACAGUCCUCUGUGCUGGGCGACCCACGCUUUUUUCAUUUAUAAUUAGUUUUUUGGACCCGGUUUUUUAGUUUUGUUAGAAAAAUCUGCUGGUGACCUUAUCCUACGCUCUUGCUCAAAGUGAACUGUAUUGAGGUCAUUAGUACUGCAGCGUCGGUUUUGUGUCCUCACUGUCCCGGACUACGGAUCGUUGUGAAGACUGCACUUCUUGUGUUCCUUCAAGACUGUUUGGAAAUUUGAUGAUGUUCUUCAGCCAAGGCAAAAUUGCACUGUUUACCUCUACUGUACUCUGAUUUGCCCGUUUCCUGUUCUG